AUGUCCGAUAAGCUCAAUUCAAAGCGUGACAGCGAGUCCGAAGUUAGGUCUUGGGGGUUUUCUCAUGUCUUCACCUGGACGGACGGACCGAACGCGCACUACUCCCCGCAUUCGCAUCGUGGUCUGACGACCCAUCUGAUCCUGCGAGGGAACCUUACCGUUACUUAUCCCGAGGACGAGAGCCCCGACAAGGUUACUUAUGGCGUCGGCGACCGUAUCGAUAUUGACGCCGGCCGCGUGCAUGAAGUCUGGAUUGGACACGAAGGCUGUACCUACGUUAUUGGAGAAUGA